GUGUGAGCUGUCAGAAAAUGACAAUGAUGACAAGAAUUACAAUGCGAUUUGGUUAGAACUUUUGGAUUAUUAAUAAAUUAACAACUAAUUGCAUUAUUCUUUGAAAUUUUUCAAAGAUGUCAGAUUUUGAACCUUUAGAACCAAGCUUGAAUAAUGUUAUCCAGCAAACUACUCUUAAAUGGAUAUUCGUUGGUGGAAAGGGUGGAGUUGGAAAAACAACUUGCAGCUGUAGUUUAGCAGUUCAGCUAUCCAAAGUUCGAGAAUCUGUUUUGAUUAUUUCUACAGAUCCUGCUCAUAACAUUUCAGAUGCAUUUGAUCAGAAAUUUACAAAAGUGCCUACUUUAGUGAAAGGGUUUGAAAACUUAUAUGCUAUGGAAGUGGAUCCGAAUGGAGGGUUCAAUGAAUUGCCUGAAGAGUAUUUCGAGGGAGAGCCAGAUGCUAUAAAGAUGAGCAAAGGCAUUAUUCAAGAAAUAAUCAGUGCUUUUCCAGGAAUUGAUGAAGAAAUGAGUUAUGCUGAAGUGAUGAAACUAAUCAAGAGCAUGAAUUUUUCAGUGGUGGUAUUUGAUACUGCUCCAACAGGACACACAUUGAGAUUACUUACUUUCCCUCAAGUUGUUGAGAAAGGAUUAGGCAAAUUGUUACGCCUAAAAUUGAAAGUCUCACCUUUUAUAUCACAAUUAGGAGGACUUCUUGGUUUAGCAGAUUUUAAUGUUGAUAAUUUCACUGGAAAACUAGAAGAAAUGUUGUCGGUCAUAAAACAAGUAAAUGAGCAGUUUAGGAAUCCUGAUCAAACAACAUUUGUUUGUGUUUGUAUUGCUGAAUUCCUCUCACUUUAUGAAACCGAAAGACUGGUUCAGGAGUUAGCAAAAUGUAAAAUUGAUACACACAAUAUUAUUGUGAAUCAGCUGAUUUUCAGGACAGCUGAUCAAAACCCCUGCAAAAUGUGUAAUGCAAGAUUCAGAAUCCAAGAAAAGUAUUUGGACCAAAUCAAAGAUCUAUAUGAAGAUUUUCAUGUCACAAAAUUACCACUUCUUGAGAAUGAAGUUAGAGGUGUUGAGAAAGUUUCAAGUUUUUCAGAAAAUUUGGUACGGCCAUAUACUGUAGGUUGAAUGAAAUCUUAAUAUAUUCUAAUUUUAUAUAGACAAUGUAUUGGUGGUAUUUAUUCCCUUUUUUGCACUGUUAUUGACUUUAUUGUUAAUAAAUUUGAUCGAAAAAUAAAAA